CGCAAUUGGACUGAUCGAUCAAUUGAGCCGGCCUUUCGUCUAUUGGGCCGUCUCGGAAUUGCCGUCUCAGCAACAAGUAGGGUUUUGCUCCCGCAAACUAAGCCGCCUCGCGACGCUCAGCAGCCAUGGCGUCUCGCUGUUGCUCGAUCUCGAGACCCGCUCUUUCCUUCCUCAAGCACGCGGCCAAGAGACCCGCGCGUACUUUUGUCGCCCCGAAUGCUUCCUCUCUUCCUUGUCCUCCGUCACGAAGUGGCAGUGUUUAUCGGGAAUUGGGGUCGCUUCGGACCCUCCUGCCGCUCCACAGCGCGGUGUCUUCGGCUCGGUUGAUCUCGAGGCUUGGGAUCGAUGCCUGCGGGAGCUCCUCGUCGAGGUCCUUGUCCCAGGGUACGCUCUGCGGCUCCGACCCCGGUGUCUGAUCUCCCAAGAUGUGUUCUUUUUCGCUUGGUUGAAGCUGGGUCUUUCGGUGCCUCGAUAAAAGAUCUUGCAGCAUUAGGUGAAGUUUGCUUCCAGCUGAGUCUUUCGGUGCCUCGAUAAAAGAUCUUGCAGCAUUAGGUGAAGUUUGCAUCCAUCUUUGUCCCUCUGAUGGGAUAAUGGUCAUUUAUCUUUUAUGAACGGUUCACGCAAGUUCUGAUACAAUAAGGAUUAGUCAUAGACAUUCUAUAGCUUGCCUCCUACUUGUAGCGCACGAUACAUUUGCUGUAAUUUACUUUCUUACUUCACAUUUGUUACUUCUUCAUCCAGAAGAGCUACUCCAGUGAUUUUUAUGAGCUUUUGCUACUUUAUA